UUCUCCUUGGGGUGACAGCGAAGGCUGAGAGGUGGCGGGAUCCCCAUUUCAGAGGCGAUCCCCUUGCACUCAAAAACCACCUUUGAGUACGAGCAGAAGGGACCUCACGAACCGCAACCAUGAACGGGACGGAAGGCCAAGAUUUCUACAUUCCCAUGUCCAACAAGACUGGGGUGGUGCGGAGCCCCUUCGAGUACCCCCAGUACUACCUGGCUGAGCCCUGGAAGUACUCAGCGCUGGCUGCCUACAUGUUCAUGCUGAUCGUGCUCGGCUUCCCUAUCAACUUCCUCACGCUGUAUGUCACCAUCGAGCACAAGAAGCUCCGGACGCCUCUAAACUACAUCCUUCUGAACCUGGCGGUCGCUGACCUCUUCAUGGUCUUGGGUGGUUUCACGACCACCUUGUACACUUCAAUGAAUGGGUACUUUGUCUUUGGAGUAACAGGGUGCUACGUCGAAGGCUUCUGUGCUACACUGGGCGGUGAAGUUGCUCUCUGGUCAUUGGUCGUCCUGGCUAUUGAAAGAUAUGUAGUGGUCUGCAAGCCCAUGAGCAACUUCCGCUUCGGGGAGAACCAUGCCAUCAUGGGCGUCGCCUUCUCCUGGGUCAUGGCCGCGGCUUGUGCCGUUCCCCCACUGUUUGGCUGGUCCAGGUACAUCCCUGAGGGCAUGCAGUGCUCAUGUGGUAUUGACUAUUACACUCUGAAGCCAGAGAUCAACAACGAAUCUUUCGUCAUCUACAUGUUUGUGGUUCACUUCAUGAUCCCGCUGAUGAUCAUUUUCUUCUGCUAUGGGAACCUCGUUUGCACUGUCAAGGAGGCUGCCGCCCAGCAGCAAGAGUCCGCCACCACCCAGAAGGCAGAGAAGGAAGUGACCCGCAUGGUCAUUAUCAUGGUCAUCGCCUUCCUGAUUUGCUGGGUCCCCUACGCCAGCGUUGCUUUCUACAUCUUCACCAACCAGGGGUCAGACUUCGGGCCCAUCUUCAUGACCAUCCCGGCAUUCUUUGCCAAGAGCUCUUCUAUCUACAACCCUGUGAUUUACAUCGUCAUGAACAAACAGUUCCGUAACUGCAUGAUCACAACCCUCUGCUGCGGCAAGAACCCGCUGGGCGACGAGGAAACAUCUGCUAGCAAGACAGAGACCUCCUCCGUCUCCACCAGCCAGGUCUCU